CAACCUUGCGCUCUGGAAUACGUUCAGGGCAGUCGAAAUCAUUGGAAUCACGGACUGGCGGGACCGAGCGCCGUUAUAUGCUUGUUCCUGUUCUCGUUAAAAUUGUAUCUUGUCUGUCAGGACAAGGAAUUCGUCGGAUUCCCGCGACGGGACAAUAACUUGACAAGUGUCUACCUUGCAUGUUUGCAUACACAGCCCACCCGAUAGAUGACCACGAGGAACAUUUAACAAAGGGCUGGUAUAUAUAUAGUACUGCCCCAGAUGUUCUCAGCAACACCCUUCCUUUGUUGUACUUUGUCUCAUCAUCAUGAAUACUAGUGAAACGCAGGAGAUUUGGACGCACUCGAGUGCACUUGUUGUGGCAAACAAAGAAAUCACUUUCAUUUGGUGUCGCCCCAAAGCACUAUCUGCGAUGUUAUUUCUGGUCAAUCGCUACGUCGCUCUGGUCAGCAAUGUCUAUGGCUUAAUUAUCAACUUCCUGCCCGUUUCACAUGAGGUGAGCUGUUCGAAAUAUUUGGUAUCCAGAGAACUGCUCAUUUUUCUUCAACAAGGCAUCGUCUGCGUCAUAUUGACCCUUCGCACUUAUGCUCUCUACGGCUGUAGCAAGCGCCUGCUUAUUUGGAUGGUGAUCAUCGUUCUUGGUCUUGCGGGAGUAGCUUCUGCGGGGAUGUUUGCACCUUAUUCAAGCACUACGAUCGACGUGCCCGGAGUUAACUGCUAUGAAUCAAAUAAUACAGCAGAGACAGCCGUCCCGGGCUGGCAUGGGAUAUGCAAAACUAGAGGAUCGCCGCGGUUAUCACUGAUAAUGUCCAGGAGAAACAUUCUUGAUAUCAUAUUUCAAGAUGGUGCGAUGUAUUUUGCAGCGAUGACACUCUUUAAUAUACCAAACAUCCUGACUUUCUACUGUGCUUCAGAUAUCACCAAAAGUAGUCUGGCUACCUUCACUAGCUGCAUGUCCGUGACUCUCAUCUCUCGGCUGAUGCUUAACCUGCACAAAUUUGUCGACACUGGCAUUUUCUCCACCAUCAUCCGGGACAACGACCCCGGCUCCACUGUCUUUUCCACCAGGAUUUCCGUCAACACACAGUCCGCGAUCUUCUUCUCGCCAUCAAAUUCACUAGGUUAAAUAUAAUAAACGUUCUGUCUCUGGAUGCCAAGAUGCGGAGACUCUUGUCGAGG